AUGGAAGGGGGCUACUCCUCGGACUCACUUUACAAAGCCCCAAACGGCGGCCCGCUGGAGGGGAGAGGCAGCGAGCCUGCUGCCUCUGAGGACCCAGAAACCUGGGCGAGCUCCCUGCUCUUUGCCAAAAGGAACGUGCCACCGGCCGCAGAGGACGGGGAGGAGCCCGGCUGCCCCCUCGGGGAGCAGGACCUGCAGGAGGCCCACGUGCAGCUGGUGCACGGUGUGCAGGAGUGGCCGGACGGCUGCGUCUACCGAGGGCAGUUCGGGCUGGACAUGAAGAUGGGGUACGGAGAGUUCUCGUGGCCCACGGGCGAGUCCUACCAUGGGCAGUUCUACCGAGACCACUGCCACGGCUUCGGCACCUACACGUGGCCGGACGGCUCCCGCUUCACCGGCACGUUUUACCUCAGCUCCCGGGAAGGCUAUGGCACCAUGCACACCAAGGCCCGGGUCUUCCAGGGGCUGUACCGAGCGGACCAGCGCUUCGGGCCGGGCGUCGAGACCUACCCGGACGGCAGCCAGGACGUGGGGCUGUGGUUCCAGGGGCACUUGCUCAAGCUGUGCAUGGCGGUGCCCGGCGGCUUCUCGGUCCGCAGCUACCCCGAGUUCGCGGGCUUCCUCACGCACGCUCCGGCCAGAAUCAGCGUCCCCGACGAGGGGACCCUGCGGUGGGACCUGCACGAGGAGCAGGACCCCUUCUUCUACGACUACAAGCGGCUGCUGCUGGACGACGACCUGACCCUGCCCCCGGACGUGCAUGUCUACUCGACCGACCACGCGCACAUGCCCGUGCCCCGCACCCUGCGCAGGGACCUGGACGCCCGUCUCUUCCUGCCUGGCGUCCCUCCGUUUGUGGAGGACGGGGAGCCCUGGUUCGUCAAAAACGAGACCCCUCUGAUGGUCAAAAUCCAGAAGCAGGCGUACAAGUUCAGGAACGUGAAGGCGCACACCUGCUGGAACAUGGGCGCCAUCCUGGAGGGGGACCGGAGCGGCUUUGCGUACCACGGGCCCAGGGAGCGGCUGUCCAGGGAGCUGAUCCUGAAGGCCGAGGAAGGGAACUACGACUGGAUUUACGGGAUCCUGAGGGACAGCCUGGCCAGUCCCGAUGUGGCAGACGUGCAGGGCUACACCGCGCUCGCCGCGGCCGCCGUUCACUGUCACACCGACAUCGUCACCCUGCUGCUGGACAACGGGGCCGACGUGAACAAGCGCACGGACGAGGGCCUCACGCCUCUCAGCAUGUGCUUCCUCCUCUACUACCCGCCCGGGUCCUUCAAGCCCAACAUCGCCGAGAGGACGCAGGAAGUCCCCAAACUCGUAACUCAGCCCCGCGCCUCCACGUUCCACUACUCAGACGCUGCCCGUCGUGAAGAGCUAGUGCUCACGCCAGGCAGCCAGGAGUCCACGUCGCUGAAGAGCAGCAUCAGCGACCCGGACAAGGGGCCGGCCGACGCGUCCGGGAGCCUGGACAAGCACACGCCGUGCAGCGAGCCCAACGUUGAGUACAGCCCGUGCAUGCAGAACUUCGGCAAGCUGUUGCAGGACAGGCUGGAGAGGAGCGUGGAGGCCGGCAGUGCGCGCGCGGCGCCCUUUGGCGAGACCAGCUCUGACGGAGGGGCCGCGAGGCAGAGGGCGCUGUCCACCGUCAAACACAGAAACAGGUGGCUGACCAUCACCCUCCUGCUGCAGCGCGGCGCUGACCCCGACCUGUGCCGCGUGCCCAUGCAGGUCCUGUUCUUCGCGGUGAAGGCCGGCGACGUGGACGGGGUGCGGCUGCUGCUGGAGAACGGGGCCAGGACCGACCUCCAGCUCCCCCCGGAGCUGAGGGCCCUGACCCCUCUCCACAUCGCCGCUGCCCUUCCCGGGGCGGAGGGCGUCAAGAUAACCGAGCUGCUGCUCCACACCAUCACGGACGUGGACGCCAGGGCCACGGACCAGGACAGCGUGCACGGAGGGGGCCAGCUAGACCUGCUGCCUUCAAGCAUGAAGCUCAACAGCGAAGCCGGCCCGCCCAGCAGCUACCACAGCCCGCCCGUCUCCGUCCCCGACGAGGGCGGCAGGACGCCUCUGCACGUGGCCUGCGCGCGGGAGGACGACCACAGGUACGCCGGGGACGUGGUCCAGCUGCUGCUCGCGCACAGGGCCAACACCAGCCUGCUGUGGAGCGGCCACUCCCCGCUGUCCCUGGCCAUCGCCAGCGGGAACGACCUGGUCGUGAAGGAGCUCCUGGCCCAUGGAGCAGACCCCAACCUGCUCCUGACCAAAGGUUUGGGCAGCGCUCUGUGCGUCGCCUGCGACAUCGCCUACGAGCACCAGAGAAGCAUAGAAAACAGGCUGGCCUUGAUUGACCGGCUCAUCGCUUACGGGGCCGACAUCCUGGCCCCUGUGACACUCACGCAGGGGGACAAGGUGGCAGUGGGCACAGCUGUCGACUACGGGUAUUUCAAAUUCUUCCAGGACCGGAAGAUCGCCCACUGCCCCUUCCACCUGCUGAUGCCGGCAGAGCGGGAGGUGUUCCUGGCCCGGAAGCGGCUCCUGGAGCACAUGGGCUCCCAGCUGCGUCACGCCGUCCUGGCCAUGGAGAGCCAGUGGGACCCGAAAGCGCUGUACCUGAGCAAGAGAGCGGAGCUGAUCCCCUGCUACCGGCUGAAGCAGAAGGGCGCCAGCCUGCCCACGGUGCUGCACACGGAGCUGAAGCCCAGGAUCCCCUUCUUCAAGUUCUGCCACCAGUGCGGCCGCUCCGUGGGGGUGCGCCUCCUGCCCUGCAGCCGCUGCUACGGGAUCCUGACCUGCGGCAAGAGCUGCAGGGCCAGAGCCUGGGCCGACUUCCACAGCAGGGACUGCGGCGCCCUGGUGGCCACCGGGCGAGCCCAUCUGCCUCGGUUCAGACAGAAGGUCCAGAAGCCUCUGAAGAAGAGUCAGGAUCCUGCGUGGUGCAGGUGGAAGCAGGUCUACACCAGCUACAACCAGGAGUGA